GCGGGCAGGAAAGAGUUAAAGAUCCAGGCUUGGCUCCUCUGUCACCGGGUCUGGGAGGGGAAGCGGCCGGAGGGAGGGCUGGGAGCCCGCGGCGAUCCUCCCCAGCCCCCCCGGACGGCGGAGCCCUGGGCCGGCCCGCUCCGGCACACUCGCGCGCAUCCGACCUCCGCUCGCGCUUCCCUCCCGCAUCCUCUCCGCCCCGGGCUCGCGGGCGCGCUUCCUCCCCCCGCUUGCUCCCCGGCACAAAUUCACACCCUCGCCCCCAAACACAGCUCGCUGGCUCGCUGGCCGACUCGCUCCGACCCCUCUCGGCGCCCACCUGCUCCGCCGCGCUCUCCGCGCGCGCUCGGCUGCGCGCCCCGGGCCCGGCCGCCGCGGCGAGGCGCCCCCCGUCCCGCUCCGGCCGCUCCCGCCCUGAGCCCCGGGGGGCGCCGCCGAGGCCAUGGUGCGAGCGCCCACCCGCCGCGGAGCCCGCUGAGACCAUGCCGCUCCCCGGGCGCCCCGCCGGCGCCCGCCGCCUGCUGCUCCUGCUGCUGCCGCCGCUGCUGUGCGCCCGCGGACAGGCGGACGACCUGACGGUGGCCGUGGUGCUGCCGCUGACCAACACGUCGUACCCGUGGUCGUGGGUGCGCGUGGGUCCGGCCGUGGAGCUGGCGCUGGCGGCGCUGCGCGCGGGGCCGGGGCCGCUGGCCGGCUGGACGGUGCGCACCGUGCUGGGCAGCAGCGAGGACGCGCGGGGCGUCUGCUCGGACACCGCCGCGCCGCUGACCGCCGUGGAUCUCAAGUGGGAGCACCGGCCCGCCGUCUUCCUGGGCCCCGGCUGCGUGUACUCCGCCGCCCCCGUGGGGCGCUUCACGGCGCACUGGCGGGUGCCGCAGCUCACGGCCGGCGCCCCAGCUCAGGGCUUCGGCGCCAAGGACGAGUACGCGCUGACCACGCGCACCGGGCCCAGCCACGCCAAACUGGGCGACCUGGUGAUCGCGCUGCACCGACAGCUGGGGUGGCGGCGCCAGGCGCUCUUGCUCUAUGCCUACCAGCCGACGGAGGAAAAGCCCUGCUUCUUCGUCGUGGAGGGCCUGUACCUGCGCGUCGCCCAGCGCCUCAACAUGACGCUGGAAGACCUGGAGUUCACCGAGGGCGACCGCGACCACUACGUCAAGCUGCUGCGCCGGGUGCAGCGCAAGGGUCGGGUCAUCUACAUCUGCAGCCCCCCAGACACCUUCCGCGCGCUCAUGCUCGUGGCGCGGGAGGAGGGCAUGAGCGGCGCCGACUACGUCUUCUUCCACCUGGACCUGUUUGGGUACAGUCUGCAAGGGGCUCACGGCCCGGGCCCCCGCAAGCCCUGGGAGCGAGGGGACAGGCUGGACGACAGCGCCCGCCAGGCCUUUCAGGUUGCCAAGAUCAUCACUUACAGGGAGCCUGAGAAUCCCGAGUACUUGGAGUUCCUGUCACAGCUCAAACACUUAGCCCUGGAGCAGUUCAACUUCACCUUGCAGGAUGGUCUGGUGAAUACCAUCCCCGCGGCCUUCCACGACGGACUCCUGCUCUAUGGCCAGGCUGUGGCUGAGACUCUGGCCGAGGGGGGCACCGUCACUGAUGGGGAAGGCAUCACCCAGAGGAUGUGGAACCGCAGCUUCCAAGGUGUGACAGGGCACCUGAGGAUUGACAGCAAUGGCGACCGGGAGACAGACUUCUCCCUGUGGGACAUGGAGCCUGGGAGCGGCGCCUUCAGGGUUGUUCUGAACUACAACGGGACGUCCAAAGAGCUGGUGGCGGAGUCAGGGCGCAAACUGAACUGGCCUCUGGGGCACCCACCGCCUGAUGUCCCUAAGUGUGGCUUUGACAACGAGAACCCAGCCUGCAACCUAGUUCCCACAGACCACUUUUCCACGCUGGAGGUUCUGGCUGUGGUGGGAAGCCUCUCCCUGUUCUGCAUCCUGAUCAUCUCCUUCUUCAUCUACAGGAAGAUGCAGCUGGAGAAGGAGCUGGCCUCAGAGCUGUGGCGGGUACGGUGGGAGGAUGUGCAACCCAGCAGCUUGGAGAGACACCUCCGGAGUGCGGGCAGCAGGCUGACCCUGAGCGGGAGAGGCUCCAACUAUGGCUCCCUGAUGACCACGGAGGGCCAGUUCCAAGUGUUCGCCAAGACAGCAUAUUACAAGGGCAACCUCGUGGCUGUGAAGCGUGUGAACCGGAAGCGCAUCGAGCUGACACGGAAAGUCCUGUUUGAACUGAAGCAUAUGCGGGACGUGCAGAACGAACACCUGACUAGGUUUGUGGGCGCCUGUACUGACCCCCCCAACAUCUGCAUCCUCACGGAGUACUGUCCCCGCGGGAGUCUGCAGGACAUCCUGGAGAAUGAAAGUAUCACCCUGGACUGGAUGUUCCGGUACUCUCUCACCAACGACAUAGUCAAGGGCAUGCUGUUCCUGCACAACGGGGCCAUUUGCUCCCACGGGAACCUCAAGUCCUCCAACUGUGUGGUGGACGGACGCUUUGUGCUCAAGAUCACGGACUACGGGCUGGAGAGCUUCAGGGACCCGGAGCCCGAGCAAGGACACAUCCUUUUCGCCAAAAAGUUAUGGACGGCGCCUGAGCUCUUGCGCAUGACCUCGCCACCUGCCCGCGGUUCCCAGGCCGGGGAUAUAUACAGCUUCGGCAUCAUCCUCCAGGAGAUAGCCCUGAGGAGCGGGGUCUUCCACGUGGAAGGGCUAGACCUCAGUCCCAAAGAGAUCGUCGAGCGGGUGACACGGGGUGAGCAGCCCCCCUUCCGGCCCUCCCUGACCCUUCAGAGUCACUUGGAGGAGCUGGGGCAGCUGAUGCAGCGCUGCUGGGCCGAGGACCCCCAGGAACGGCCGCCUUUCCAGCAGAUCCGCCUGGCGCUGCGCAAAUUCAACAGGGAGCAGAGCAGCAACAUCCUGGACAACCUGCUGUCGCGCAUGGAGCAGUACGCCAACAACCUGGAGGAGCUGGUGGAAGAGCGCACGCAGGCCUACCUGGAGGAGAAGCGCAAGGCGGAGGCGCUGCUCUACCAGAUCCUCCCGCACUCCGUGGCCGAGCAGCUGAAGCGCGGCGAGACGGUCCAGGCGGAGGCCUUCGACAGCGUCACCAUCUACUUCAGUGACAUCGUGGGCUUCACGGCUCUGUCAGCAGAGAGCACGCCCAUGCAGGUGGUGACUCUGCUCAAUGACCUGUACACCUGUUUCGACGCCGUUAUAGACAACUUUGAUGUGUACAAGGUGGAGACCAUCGGCGACGCCUACAUGGUGGUAUCCGGGCUCCCCGUGCGGAACGGGCGGCUGCACGCCCGCGAGGUGGCCCGCAUGGCCCUGGCGCUGCUGGACGCCGUGCGCUCCUUCCGCAUCCGCCACCGGCCAGAUGAGCAGCUGCGCCUGCGCGUCGGCAUCCACACAGGCCCCGUGUGUGCCGGUGUGGUGGGACUCAAGAUGCCCCGAUACUGCCUAUUUGGGGACACGGUCAACACGGCGUCCAGAAUGGAGUCUAACGGGGAAGCGCUGCGGAUCCACUUGUCUUCAGAGACUAAGGCUGUGCUGGAGGAGUUUGGGGGCUUCGACCUGGAGCUCCGAGGGGACGUGGAGAUGAAGGGCAAAGGCAGGGUUCGGACCUACUGGCUCCUGGGGGAGCGGGGGAGCGGCCCCCGAGGCUGACUACCCGCCACCUUUCCCUGCAAGGCAUAGGCCAAGCCUGCGAGGAAUGAGAACCGGAUCGAGGCGUUAGGGUGCAGGGCCAGGACCCUCUGCAGUCAGCGUCCACUGGGCCCGAGGGUCAGGGAGCCUCACUCUCCAGCUGGACUCAGGCCCUGUGGAGUGUGGGGUGUUGACCAUCCUCCCGCCCCUUCCCGUGCUCCCCUCCACAUGCCUCCAACCUCGAACCUUGCUACACUGUGACUUCCCAGGGGUGGUGGGAGCUCCCUUGGGGAACUAGGAAAAGGGAUAACAGGUGACUAGAGGCUGGGGGAGCCACUUGGGCCUAGCCCAUGUAACCCGCCCCCUUCCCCCCACCCCGCUGUCAGUCAGUCACUCCCCUCCCCCCCCUUUGGUGCAUUGGGUGAGGAGGGCUGGCUACACCAUUGCUUGUCUGAGCAAAG